AUGGCAGUGCCCCGAGAGGCCGCCCGAGUCCGAGACAAGCCAGGCCACGGUGGGGUGCAUCCAGCCCCCGCCGCGGGCCGGGACUACCCCGCUCGCCCCGGCGCCGCACCGCCGCGGGACUCCGGCAGCCGCGGCCGCUGGAGAGACCUGGUGCUGCAGUCGCUCCGGCGCUCCCGGAAACUUUCCUCAGCGCUGUGCGCCGGCUCUCUGUCCUUUCUGCUGGCCCUGCUGGUGAGGCUGGUGCGCGGGGAGAUCGGCCGGGACCCGGAGCAGAGUAAGGAGGUGGCGGCUGCGGCGGCGGAGGAAGCGGCCCUGGGAGCAGAAGGGGGCGUCUUCCCCGGGCUUCGGGGAGGUGCUCCCGGGGGCGGCGCGCCGCUCAGCCCCUGGCUGCAGCCCUCGGCGCUGCUCUUCAGUCUCCUGUGUGCCUUCUUCUGGAUGGGCUUGUACCUCCUGCGCGCCGGGGUGCGCCUGCCUCUGGCCGUCUCACUGCUGGCAGCCUGCUGCGGGGGGGAAGCGCUCGUCCAGAUUGGGCUGGGCGUCGGGGAGGAUCACUUACUCUCGCUCCCGGCCGCGGGGGUGGUGCUCAGCUGCUUGGCCGCCGCGACAUGGCUGGUGCUGAGGCUGAGGCUGGGCGUCCUCAUGAUCGCCUUGACUAGCGUGGUCAGGACCGUGUCCCUCAUUUCCUUAGAGAGGUUCAAGGUCGCCUGGAGACCUUACCUGGCGUACUUGGCCGGCGUGCUGGGGCUCCUCCUGGCCAGGUACGUGGAGCAAAUCUUGCCGCAGCCCGCGGGGGCGGCUCCGAGGGAGCAUUUCGGGUCCCAGCUGAUUGCUGGGACCAGGGAAGAUAUCCCAGUAUUUAAGAGGAGGAGGCGGUCCAGUUCCGUGGUGUCCGCCGAGAUGUCCGGCUGCAGCAGCAAGUCUCAUCGGAGGACCUCCCUGCCCUGCAUACCGAGGGAACAGCUCAUGGGGCAUUCAGAAUGGGACCACAAGCGAGGGCCAAGAGGAUCACAGUCUUCAGGAACCAGUAUUACUGUGGAUAUUGCCGUGAUGGGUGAAGCUCAUGGUCUCAUUACCGACCUCCUGGCAGACCCUUCUCUGCCCCCCAACGUGUGCACAUCCUUGAGGGCCGUGAGCAACCUGCUUAGCACCCAGCUCACCUUCCAGGCUAUUCACAAGCCCCGCGUAAAUCCUGUUAUUUCCUUCAGUGAAAACUACACCUGUUCUGAUUCUGAAGAAAGCUCUGAAAAAGACAAGCUGGCUAUUCCCAAGCGUCUGAGAAGGAGUUUGCCUCCUGGUUUGUUGAGACGUGUUUCAUCAACUUGGACAACCACCACCUCAGCCACAGGCCUACCCACUUUGGAGCCUGCCCCAGUCCGGAGGGACCGUAGUGCCAGCAUCAAACUGCAUGAAGCAUCUUCAUCAAGUGCUGUUUGUCCUGAUUCUUGGAAUAACCCAGUGAUGAUGACCCUCACCAAAAGCAGAUCCUUCACUUCGUCCUAUGCUGUUUCUGCAGCUAACCAUGUAAACUCAAAAAAGCCAAAUCGACCAGGUGCCCUAGCUAAAAUUUCACCUCUUUCGUCGCCCUGUUCCUCACCUCCCCAAGGGACCCCCGCCAGCAGCCCAGUCAGCAAAAUUUCUGCAGUGAAAUUUCCAGAAUCUGCCAACACAGCUGCCAAACAGGGCCUAAGUUCUCACAGGGCAUUAACUUAUACUCAGAGUGCCCCUGACCUAUCUCCUCAGAUCCUCCCUCCACCUGUUAUAUGUAGCAGCUGUGGCAGGCCAUAUCCCCAGGGGACCCCUGCUGCUGUGCCCCUGGAGAGAAGCAGUGCCACCAUUCGGACACCAAGCAGAACGGAUGACACUACUCAAGUUACCUCUGAUUAUGAAACCAAUAACAACAGCGAUAGCAGUGAUAUUGUACAGAAUGAAGAUGAGACCGAGUGCCCGAGAGAGCCUCUAAGGAAAGCUUCGGCUUGUGGCACCUACACGUCUGAGACCAUGAUAUUCCUGGACAAACCAGUUCUUGCUCCUGAACCUCUUGUCAUGGAUAACUUGGACUCAAUUAUGGAGCAGCUAAAUACUUGGAAUUUUCCAAUUUUUGAUUUGGUGGAAAAAAUAGGAAGAAAAUGUGGCCGUAUUCUUAGCCAGGUAUCAUACAGACUUUUUGAAGACAUGGGCCUCUUUGAAGCUUUCAAAAUUCCAGUUAGGGAAUUUAUGAAUUAUUUUCAUGCUUUGGAGAUCGGAUACAGGGAAAUUCCUUAUCAUAACAGAAUCCAUGCCACUGACGUCUUACAUGCUGUUUGGUAUCUUACUACACAACCUAUUCCAGGCCACUCAACUGUGAUUAAUGAUCAUGGAUCAGCAAGUGAUUCAGAUUCUGACAGUGGGUUUACACAUGGACAUAUGGGAUAUGUAUUCUCAAAAAUGUAUAAUGUGCCUGAUGAUAAAUACGGAUGUCUCUCUGGAAAUAUCCCUGCCUUAGAGUUAAUGGCCCUGUAUGUAGCUGCAGCCAUGCAUGAUUAUGAUCACCCAGGAAGGACUAAUGCUUUCCUGGUUGCAACUAGUGCUCCUCAGGCGGUGCUCUAUAAUGAUCGUUCAGUUUUGGAGAACCAUCAUGCAGCUGCUGCAUGGAAUCUUUUCAUGUCCCGGCCAGAGUACAACUUCUUAGUUAAUCUUGACCAUGUGGAAUUUAAGCAUUUUCGUUUCCUCGUCAUUGAAGCAAUUUUGGCCACUGACCUGAAGAAACACUUUGAUUUCGUAGCCAAAUUUAAUGCCAAGGUUAAUGAUGAUGUUGGAAUAGAUUGGACCAAUGAAAAUGAUCGUCUACUGGUUUGUCAAAUGUGUAUAAAGUUGGCUGAUAUCAAUGGGCCAGCUAAAUGUAAAGAGCUCCAUCUCCAGUGGACAGAGGGUAUUGUCAACGAAUUUUAUGAACAGGGUGAUGAAGAGGCCAGUCUUGGGUUACCAAUAAGCCCCUUCAUGGACCGUUCUGCUCCUCAGUUGGCCAAUCUUCAGGAAUCCUUCAUCUCUCACAUUGUGGGUCCUCUGUGCAACUCCUAUGAUUCAGCAGGACUAAUGCCAGGGAAAUGGGUGGAAGACAGUGAUGAGUCAGGAGAUACUGAUGACCCAGAAGAAGAGGAGGAGGAGGAAGAAGCACCAAAUGAAGAGGAAACCUGUGAAAAUAAUGAAGCUCCAAGAAAGAAAACUUUCAAAAGGAGGAAAAUCUACUGCCAAAUAACUCAACACCUCCUGCAGAACCACAAGAUGUGGAAGAAAGUCAUUGAAGAGGAACAGCGGUUGGCGGGCAUAGAGAGUCAAUCCCUGGACCAGUCACCCCAACAGCAUUCCUCAGAACAGAUCCAGGCCAUCAGGGAAGAAGAGGAAGAGAAAGGGAAGCCAAGAGGAGAGGAGAUCCCAACCCUGAAGCAAAACCAGUGACGAUGGAUAUAAUGAGCUGUGUUUCCCAACAGAGUGACUUGUCACAGACUCUUUUCAAGCCAGCACAACACUUAGACACAACACUGUAGAAAUACAAGAAGAUGGGCAAACAGCUAUUGCAUUUGGGAAUUCUUCGCAUUUUAUGUGUUUAUUUUUACAGUGAGGUACAUUGUUAAAAACUCUUGCUCGGAGAAGCUUUCACAUUUGCAACACCAGCUUCCAAGGAUUUUUUUUAAGGAAGAAGUAUAUAUGUGUGUGUGUAUAUAAGCUCGCACGUAGAUACAUGUAAAACAUAUUCACACACAUACACGCACAUGCACACUGAAAGCCAGGGUUACUGGCUCCACACUUUAGUAACAUUCAUAUUAAGAUAUAUAGUGGUCACUGUGAUAUAGUAAGUUAUAAAGGAAAAAAAAAGGAAAACAAUUCACAGAGGAAAUGGGGCGGCUUAGCAGGGAAACAGUGCAGUGAAUGUAAGUUACCAACUAAGGAGCUUUUGCUCUUAGUACUGACGGAUGAAAGUUCCAGAGCAUUAUUUGAAUUCUUCUACAUCCUGCCGAUAUCGUGUGUGUAUGUGUGUGUGUGUGUGUGUGUGUGUGUGUGUGUGUGUGUGUGUGUGACAGAGAGGAGAGAGAGCAUGCUUGUGUGUAUGUAUGUGCUUAUGUCAACAGAGAUUUUUAUGGUUUUAGUCAUUCAUAGAAUAGCUGCGGCAGAUGACUCAGCACAUCUGAACAAACGGAAGGCAGUUCACUCUGGAGUGUCUGAGAGGCAGCCAUUCCAAAUGCCUUCCUCCAUUUAGCUUCAGUCCAGGGCCCUCUGAAGAGGGGGGGUAUUCACAGGCUGGUGAGAGGGCCACGGGAUUGGUACUAUGCUAAUGCACCACUUGGAGGCUCUCUAUCGCCGGCCUUAAACCUGGAAGACUGAGGCAUUUUCCAAUCUGCUUGCCUAAUGAAUGUAUAGGAGCUGUUUGUCUGUGAGUAUGUCUGUCACUCAUGUAAGAUCAAAUCAACUAUUUUUAAGGGGAUGGCAUUCUUUAUACAUAAACACCUAAGAAGGGGCUGAAGUCCGAUCUUUUAAUUAGGUUAGAAUUCUGAAAAGUUGCCAGAGGAGACUUGGGGGAAUUGCUCUUCACGGUGACCUUCCAUGUCUUAAAUAUGCUGCAAAAUGUGUGGUAGAAAAGAAGAAAAAAAGGCAAACAGAAACCCACUAUGGGACAUAUAGCGAGAGAUGAAGGGGGAAAAUUGCAACCUAGGGUUUGGUGUUUGUUGACGUAGUGAAAGCCUGAUUCUGGGCAACUGUUGAAGAUUGGCUUUGGGUGGUGAAGGUCCCACUGACAACAACCUUGUUGUGGUGUUCCACGUGCCGUGGGGUAAGGUAGCUUCUGUCUGCAAUCUGGCCCAUUGUCAUGUUUCUUUUGGCAGGGAAAAUUAUAGAGGGAAUUUUGGGUACUGGGCCUAUUAUUGAAAGUCUUUUUUUUUUUUAUUUGUUCAUCUACACUUGUUUAUGCUGUGAGCCAAACCUUAUUUAAAAAGUUGAUACUCACUUUCAAUAUUUUAUUUCAUAUUAUUAUAUUUGUCAUGAAUAGUUAUCUUGAUGUAAAUAUAAAGAUUUUUUUUGUUUCUGUAGAUAGUAAACUCUUUUUUUUAAAAAAGGAAAAGGGAAACAUUUUUAUAAAGUUAUAUUUUAAUCACCAUUUUUAUACAUUGUAUCUAUCUCCAAGCCCAGUAAGAGAGUGAUGAAUCAUUUGCACGGAGGUCUAAGGACAGCCACAUAUCUACCUAUUCUAAUUUAAAUGAUAAUCAGAUAGUUAUUUUAUGCCAAUUAAAGGAAGAUGCCACAAAGAAUGUUUUUUCCUAGGAACUUUGAACUUUUAGGUCACUUUGGGGUUCAUGUCUCCCAAAGAGAAAGACUUGCAUAACCAAUACUGAAUUUUUAUAAUUGGUAUCCAUUUCUUGCCAAUGUUUUUUGGUUAUAAUUCCUCCUUCAGUACUAUGUACGGAAGAACGAUCUUAGCUUCUAAGUUAACCUUGAUGGUGAUUUCUAAUUUUUCUUUCCUCUGAAGUCAUAGCAAAGAGUGUUUACAUUAAAAAUGCUUUUGUUUCUCAUAAAUGAAUAUUCUUCCUUUCCAAAGCAGUGAUUUUACAUUAACCUAUGGCAUUUUUCAAAUAAGGCAAACAUAAUAUAAUCGAAAGUAAACACAAUUUCAGGGCAGAUUUCCCAUUAAGUAGGAAAAUAUGAAAAAGGAUCAAAUAGAUGCAGACUCUGCUUCAAAAAUGAGAAUAAUUUCAUAUUUUUGUGUUAACACUAGGUCUUCACUAUUCAGGAUUUAUUGAGUUGUUUUCCAUUUUCUUAGUAAUGCUUUUGUGUCUCAUGUUUGCAAAAAUUACUGUGAGUCCAAUGCAUUUCCCCAGUGACAUUAACUGUUUUCCUUCCCUUGCAAAUAAGAGAAGAGGGGGAAAAAAUGUGCUCGUUUAUCUCUUGUACCUAAUUACUUAAGAAAACAAAUCUUUCCCCAUUCUCCAAAUGUCGUAUGACAAGUAUCUAAAACACAGGUGAAAGUGAGCACAAAUAUAGGUUGUGGAGCAAGUAGUGUGAGCAAAACAGUCACGAGUCUAUAACUGUGUAUUGGCAGGUGCUGCGUCAAAGCUGGCCAGUCUGGCUGCCAGAGUAGAGGUCUUAGCAAAUGACCCAGUUGUGUUUAUUCUGUUUUAAAGUACCUGAAAUAAUGGUGGCCUAAGCACUUAGAACCUCUUCAUUCCCAAAUUGUGUUAAUCAGUCCAGGCAGAUUGAUCACCUUUUUUUCUUCAAAAAUCAGUUGCCAGGAUAUUACAGCUAAAAGUCCAUUGAAAUAAAAAAAUAGAGAUCAAGGAUGACCCUUUCAUACACAUUCAGUACAUCCCAAAGGAUGACCAGGGGCAUAGAAAGAUCUUUUCUGCUGGCUAUGUUCUCCCCCUCCUCGGUGACAGCAGUAUUACUGUGUUCACUUCCAACUCCAGAGCUUAUUCCCUGUGGUGCCAGUGUGUUUGUUGCAAUUUGCUACAUUUUUAUAUGAGCCUAUUUAUAGGUGCCAUUUAGGUAAACUCAGGUCUUUCAAAUGAAGGAAUCUGUAGCCCAUUUAGGAAAAAGGAUCAUUGUACAGAUAGCCAUAAACCCAAUGGGAGGAAAACUCGGAGCUGGUGACCUUGAUGCUAGGGGUUGCUCUUUGUUAAGGAAAAGACCAGGUAUUACUAUGAGUGUCAUCACUGUCAUUUCCAGCAUGCUAUUAUAAUGUCCUUUCCAGGUAUCCAACUAAGCCAACCUUUAGGAUAUCGUUUCCUUGGUGAGAACACCACUUUAGCUUUUUUCUAAACUAUAAAAUUUUAUUUGUCAUUUCUAUAAGAUUUGGUUUUCUCUCAGUAGAUGAAGAUAGUAGCACUGUACAGGGAUAGAUCUAUACUAGUCUUCAUCUGGCAAGUGAAGGAAUGUCCUCAUGUUUAAGAAAAUACUCAUUUUCUAAAAACAGAAUACCCAAUUCUAUAUGUUCCGUUUUGAUCGACUUCCAGAACAAACCCCUAAUUAUUGCAAUCCCAGUAAAACUAAAGAAAAGGGAUUGUACGAUGUGCAGACUGUUCGUAUUACAUGUAUGUAUUGUGAUUUCCUCAUGUCCCCUGCCUCUCUUGAUUUGCGAUUUCCCGACGUCCCCUGUCACGUGCCCAGAGAACUUUCUUUGAAGGUAAAAGCUGUGCAAGAGGCAUGAGACUCAGGCCUAUUCUUUGUUUAAAUGGUGGAAAAAUAUAAAUUAUUUUCUAAGUAAUAAAGAUAUGCAAAUUAUCAUUGUAAAUAAAGUCUAAAGUUUGAAAUGACUGCUUUAUAUAAGUGAUAUUUGUGUGAUGAACAAUUCCUGACCAAUGAGAAGUGACUGAUCAAAAAAUCAUUUCUAGCCUACUUUGGGAGGUAUUUUUGGUGCUUCGCUGUCAGUAUGGGGAUCUCCAUUGUCCUCACCUUUUGAAAUAUUUCUAAAAUAAUAAUGAAAACCACAGUAAGGAUCUUACUGUCCUUUCUUCCAUCCUAACCCUAAGUCCCACUUAAUGCCUUUCCUGGUUUAUAUUCCACUUUGGAAAUAAACUGUCUUUUCAAACUGGCAGAAGCCUCCAGUAAAACCAACUUUUGUAAGCUUUCAUAGCCUGGGGUAAAUCAAGAUUCUCCUUAUUCUAGGGAUUCUCAGCUCCUGUGUGUGGAAAGAAAAAUAUCAGUAAAAUUUCAAAUGCUCAUAGGUUACCUCCAGACCAUUGAUAUCUAAAAUAUCUGUAUACUUCGAAACCAAACUGAGUUUCUUUCAUUCACCUUCGCUUCUAACAAGCAGCAAAAUACUUUAUGAUCGUUGUUCUAGGUCAUUCAUUUCUCUUGUGAUUUUUCCAUGAAAGGAAACUGAAUUUGCUGAUACUGUUCGUCUGUUUUUCUAAUCUGUUCAACAAAAUUCCACCAUAAGAUUAGGAGACCAAUUAGCCGUUUUAAGCGAGGAGCAUUCCAAAAUUAAAUUACUCUUAGAACCUCUAAUCAGGGCAAAAUAUGCAAGUUUUAGGUCCACCUGUAUUCAUAUCAGUUUGUUCCUCUAGUAAAUACUCAAAUUCUUAUUGCAUAUUUGAUUGAUUGCAUAUUCAGUGCAUAUAAGCACUGAAUUAAUUAAACUAUAAACAAUGCAUUCAGCAACUUAAAUUGAGGUUUGCAUGGUAUUUAUAAUGUUUAGCACUAAUAAUCCAUGAUCAGAGAAGAACAGAUUUUUCAGUCUAUGUUACAUACCAUGGCAAUUUGCGUAUCACCUCACACAUUUCAUUUAUUACCAUGCUGCAACUUUACCUUACCUAAUGGUGCUUUUACCUUACCUGAGUGAUCUUUACAUUCAUAUUAUCACAUCAUUCAAACAGGUUAACAAUGGUGACAAAAAAUAAUUAGGCAUUGUCCUGCUAAAUAUGUUUAAAGACCCAAAACUAAACCUUAAAGCUUUAUUAUUUGGUGGAACUCCAUGUUAACAUCUGCAGAUUCAUAAAUACUGAUCCACCGUAAAUUAUUUUAGUACAGUAAGGCUGUAAAUUAUAUGGAAUUGUAUAAAGAUGGAAAACAAAAUUAGCUUUUGCUCUGUGCUUCAGGUUGCAAAAUGAGCCCAAAUUUCCUAGCUAAAGGUAGCGGGUUCUUCUCCAUAUUCUACUCCUAAGGUUGGUUACUUGAAAGGCAUUGGUAUUCACGGAUUUCUGCUUCCCUCAACAGAAGAGAAGUCAACCCUUCUUUUGAUAGAUAGUGAACAUGUACCUGUUCAGAAAAGUUUCCUCAUUGCUUCACAUCAAGAAGAGGUUCUUUAAGCAUGCAAAUAAUCCAUUAAAAAAAUGCUUCAGAGAGUAAUAUUGUCAUCGUAUAUGAAGCACUGACCAGGCAAUAAACUACACCCACUACUUCAUCUACCAAGACUGAUCAAAUGGUAGGUCGGAAUUUGAAAUCCAUUAACAGAAACAUAAAUUUUUAAAAAUCAUGUUAAAGCUUUACUGCUUUAACUAAAAUUUCAGUGUCAGUAAAAGUACCUAUUUCAAAUGAAACAAAUUUUAGCAGGGAAUUCUUCCUUUCCUCUUUAAAAAAAAAGAAAGUCAAACUCAUAGGAGACAAGUGUGACUUCUCUUCAGUUUUACUUCUCUAACUCAAAAUAGUCAAGGAAAAGUGAUCAGAAAUUCUCCGCCAUAAUAAGGAAUAAGAAUACCCUUCACCUAAGUUACAACUCUCCACACCCAGUUUCAUUGUGCAGUCCAUGGUACCAGAAAGCAGAAAAAAAAAAAAAAAAAAAAAGGUUAUGGAUCAGGAGUGAACACAACAUAAAAUGUGAAG